AUGGACUCUCUGGAUGCACCAGACACUCAGUUUGGGUUUGAUCUUUUCAAAAGGCUGAAUAACAGGAAAAAUGGCAACAUCUUCUUUUCUCCUGUGGGCAUGUCCACUGCCGUGGGAAUGCUCCUCCUGGGGAGUGAACGAGCCACCUCUACCCCAUUACAGAAGAUGCUUUUCUCUGAAAAAGACACCAGCUCAAACAUAAAAAUGCAAGAAAAAGAUAUGGGGAGACAUACUGAGAAGACAAAAGAGAGUCACCAUCAACUCCAAAGGCUUUCAAGUGACUUAAGCAAACCCACAAGUGAUUAUGAGCUGAAAAUAGCCAAUAGGUUAUUUGGAGAAAAAACCCAUCUCUUCCUUCAGAAAUACUUAGAUUAUGUUGAAAAAUAUUUUCAUGCUUCUCUGGAACCUGUCGAUUUUCUAAAUGCAACAGAUGAAAGUCGAAAGAAGAUCAAUUCCUGGGUUGAAAGCCAAACCAAUGAAAAAAUCAAGGACCUGUUUUCAGAUGGUUCUCUCAACAGCUCCACCAAGCUGGUGGUGGUGAACAUAGUUCAUUUCAAAGGACAGUGGGACAGGGAGUUUAAGAAGGAAGAUACCAUAGAGGAAGAAUUUUGGCUGAGUAAGAGUCUGAGUAAAUCUGUACCAAUGAUGACACAAUGCCAAUCCUUUAGCUUCACUUCCCUGGAGAACUUGCCAGCCAAAAUUCUUGGCAUUCCUUAUAAAAACAAUGACCUAAGCAUGUUUGUGUUGCUGCCAGAUGACAUAGAUGGUCUAGAGAAGAUAAUAGAUAUCAUCAGCCCGGAGAAUCUGGUGGAGUGGACGCGCCCUGGGAACAUGGAGCAGAGGGCAGUCUGUGUGCACCUGCCACGCUUCCAGGUGGAGGACAGCUAUGACCUGGAAGCAGUGCUGGGUGUCCUAAGGGAGAACUGCGCUCGGGACUCGGAGCACUCCUCACACUUGGAUAUGCACAUCCAGAAGUUCUUGCACAAGUCCUUCCUGGUGGUGACCGAGGAUGGUACGGAGGCUGGGGCUAGCACCGGUGUGGACUUUACAGUCAACGCAGUACCAGGCUAUGAGAAUUUUAUUUGCAAUCACCCUUUCCUGUUCUUCAUCAAACACAGGGACUCAGACAGUGUCCUCUUCUUUGGCAGAUUUUCUAUUCCAUAA